AUGGUUUCUUCAAAUGAUAUUCAUAAUGUUGAUUUACCUAUUAGAGAAAGAAUGGAAGCUUUAAUUCGUUUAAAGCAACAACAAAUUACUUCUGCGAUUGCUUCAUUAGAUACUCAACAAUUUCAUACUGAUAAAUGGAUUAGAAGUGAUGAUGGUGGUGGUGGUGAAUCAAUGGUUUUACAAAAUGGUACUACUUUUGAAAAAGGUGGUGUAAAUAUCUCAAUAGUUCAUGGUAAAUUACCAAAACAAGCUGUCGAAAGAAUGAAAGCUGAUCAUUCGAAUUUAAAAGGUACUGCUGAAGAUGGUAGUGUUAAUUUCUUUGCUUGUGGUUUAUCAUUAGUUAUACAUCCUCAUAAUCCUCAUUGUCCAACUACUCAUGCAAAUUAUAGAUAUUUUGAAACUACUGAUCCCGAAACAAAUCAAAUUCAAGCUUGGUGGUUUGGUGGUGGUGCUGAUUUGACUCCAAGUUAUUUAUAUGAAGAAGAUGCUAAAUUAUUUCAUCAAAAACAUAAAGAUGCUUUAGAUAAAUUUGAUCCAAAUUUAUAUCCAAAAUAUAAAAAAUGGUGUGAUGAAUAUUUUUUUAUUAAACAUAGAGAUGAAACAAGAGGUAUUGGUGGUAUAUUUUUUGAUGAUUUUGAUGAUAAACCAGCUGAUGAAAUCUUAAAAAUUGUUGAAUCAUGUUUUGAUGCAUUUAUACCUGCUUAUAUUCCAAUUAUUGAAAAAAGAAAGGAUAUGCCAUUUUCAAAGGAACAAAAAAAUUGGCAACAAAUUAGAAGAGGUCGUUAUGUUGAAUUUAAUUUAGUAUUGGAUAGAGGUACUCAGUUUGGUUUACAAACUCCUGGUUCAAGAGUUGAAAGUAUUUUAAUGUCUUUACCAGCAACUGCAAGUUGGGUAUAUGAUCAUCAUCCGGAAGAAAAUUCAGAGGAGGCUAAAUUGUUGAAAGUUUUGAAGAACCCAGUUGAUUGGGUUUAG